GCGGUCAGGAGCAGCGGGUGGCCGUAGUGCCCGGGUGGCACCAUGCUCAGUGUGGUGCACUUCCUUCGAAGCUUCUUUAAGACGCCAGAGCCAGGUGUACCCCCUCCAGGUGAGCGUGAGAGUGAGGUCAACCAGCUCCACCCACACUCUGAAGACCUGGAGGGACAGGAAUGGCGGCAAGAAACAAACCCUGAGGACUUGGAGACACUGUCACAGAAGAGCGAAAGUCUAUCGGACACAAAAACAGAUCCCUUUGAAAGCGCCUCUGAUGCAGAGUCCCUCCCAGGUGACCUCACUGGUGGAGUUGGCCUCUCUCCAUGUGGCCCCCCUGCCGAAGGAGAAGCAGACUGGGGAUGCCCUGAGGACUCAACAGUUACACUUACAGAGGAAGAGCUGGAUCUACUCUCAGACUUAAAGGAAGGUCCUCAACAAAGUACAGUGCACACACUGACAGCUGCCGCCGCUGGGAAACAGAAGGGAGCAUCCCCCUGCAGCUGUGUGACUAGCUUGGUCCAGGAGUCUGUGUUAGCAACAGUGUGCUUCUCACAGCAUGCCAGGAGCAACAGCAGUCCCCACCUGCAAAAGACCAGGUCUGGGGACUCUCCGGAUGCCCCUGUGGUCUGGCCCUGCUUUCGACAACACUGUGAACUAGGUCAGAGCUGGCCACAGAUCCACAGCAGGACUGAGGCAGCGAAGAGACCUCCUGUAGGCCCACAGGACAAUGACUUCCCACUGGGGAUCAGGACAAAGAAAGCACCCGCUCCAAGGCCCACAGUGGACUCGGGCUUAGUCUGGGUUCAUUCCUCCCUAGACAUAGCCUGCCAACCAGGAAUGGGCACGCCUUGUCUCUUAGACACCAAGUGUCAUCAUAGCGCCCCAGAAAAUCUUGGUGCCGAUGCCAAGACACCUCAAAGGUACCUCUGCCCGCAGGUAAAGACCCUAGUCAAGGCUCAUUCUGUAGCAUCACUUCCUUUAGGUCAUCCUAAAGAGCCUGUGAAACAGAAAGGCACAAAUCGGCGUUACCUGUGGGAAGGGACGGAAAUAGAACCUGAUCACCCAAGCAUUCAUACUGCCUUUCCCCCUGGGCCCACCCAGCCGUCUUAUUCACUGCCUACGUCUCAAAGCAGGGCCCCUCCCUUGCAGGGUGAGCGCAGGCUGAGUGAUUGUAGCUUUAAGAGGACAUCUCCAGACACACCCUGUGUAGGUCUUCCACUGGAAAACCAGGUAGAACAGGCUUCUAGGUCGUACCCAGACCCCUCCCACCUUACUUCAGAAUUGCUGAAGCUUGACAGCCAAGAGGAAGUGCCCAGGCUGGCUAAAUGCAAGCCAGGGCAUAGCCCAGAAGGCAGACUUGAGGUACCCAAAGGUGUCCACCCUGACGAUGUUAUCGGUAAACAAAAGUGCGCGCUAAACAUCUCCGCCAAAGCAGGAAGCCAGACAGAGAGCUCCCCAUCAAAGGGUGCCCUCAAGGAGGAGAGAAAGCCGCCCGAUAGGGCCUCCUCCUUCCCACAAGGCUGCUGCACUGGCCAGGUGCCUGUAUGCAACAAAAGGCUCGUGGGUUCCUGGGAAGAGACGGAGAGAGCCUGUGCCCCAGAGACAGCCCUGAAAGCAAGGGUAAUUGACUCUUCAGAAGCAGCAGAAGAGGGAGUGGUUCUAGACGUCCAAGGCAGGGGGAAUGCCUUGCAAAGUCGUUUGGAUUUCCCAACAGUGGAAGUAACUUACUGCAACCCUGGAAGUGAGUGCGCACAGGGGCCUGGGGAUGACCUGGACCCUUUCACUUCGGGCCAGCCACAGACUCGGAAAGCCCACGGGGCCUCUAGGCACAGCUGCAAAUUCAUUAUGAUAGCAGUAAGGCAGGAAGGUAGGCAGACCUCGACAAGGAAGGCUCACUGUCUUCUAGAAUCACAGUGUGGUGGCUUUCCAGAGGAGAAGGGGACAGGCUCCACGGCUUAUGGGUUUCCCAGAGCCUCAGAAAUGCCACUGUGUGGCAAUGAGUGUGAACUGCCCGGAUGUCCAGGGGCAGAGCCCGGUGGUGGGGCUCCUCAGCUGCUGGCCCGAGGCAUAGAGGGAGUGAGAGUGCCGGUCUCUAGGACUGCUUCAGACGAUACAGUGAGCUCAGACGACUCACUGGAGGACGCGCUGCUUGGGAAAAGAUUGAGCGGAGGGUGUGAGUGUGUCCACACCGAGCAAAACCAGGAGUUGCCCAGCUCGGAACGCAAACAAGGAGGGCGUGGCACAGAGGACACGGAGCAUGCAGAAAUCUCCCGUGCACAGGCUGGUGAGGUAGAGGUCCCCCUUUCAGGAGUAGGGACACCUGGGGACCUCAGCAGUGAAGGACCCUCUCCAGACAGCUGCACCGUCAAGAGAUUGAAAACAACAGAAAGCAGGAUCAGGGCAAGGCUGGCCUUAGCCCAUAAGACCUUUACCAACUUUUUUGAGGCCAAAGUUAUAGAGAAAACGAGCCCGGGCUCUGUCAAAGGCGAAAAAGAGAAGCACAGGCGAACCCAGGGCUCCUGGCGUGCGUUUCUGAGAAACAAAAACGUGGAAGGCUCCAAACGACCCUCUUUAGUGAGUGGGGUUCCAGGACCAGAUUUUCCUCAACUCCUCUGCUCUUCCCCACCAGCCACCAGAGGCCACUGUGAAGAGUGGACAGUUGGCAUUGACAACCAUGUCUUUGGGGAGUCCUGGACACCCCUAAACUCUCCUGCAACUCUGUCCUCCAGUCGUCUGGUUUCUCCGGAACACCGGAGGAAAAGCGAACCGACCAUAAAACACACUGCUACCCCGGAAAGCAGUACACACCUCUCUUCUGGGGUCUUCCCAAAGCCCUCCUGGCUGACCUCUGCCACCAGCCCUGGAGCAGCGCAGAUUGACAUCAGUUAUACACUCCCCUGCAGCUCUGCCUGCCAUUUGAGCUAUGAGAGUCAAGGCAUGCCCUGCAGACCCACAAGCCCCAAGCCCAGGAGUCCCAUGGCUGGGGCACAGAGGGUGGAUCUCUGCCUUGCAGGCAGGACUAGUGCAGUUUCCAUGGUCUCUCUCAGAAGUGACAGGGACGCCAACAGAUGUUCAGAAGUCCCCGAACGGCCUAAGGCGUCCAAGGCCAGGGCGAGCCUCUUACUCUCUCUGCAAACACUAAACCAGAAUGACCAGAAGGAAGACAGGAGCACGUGUCAGUGUCACCAUGGCCUGGGCACAGUGCCCUUCCUUAGGGACCUUCCUGGGAAUGAGAGCACCCAGGAAAGCCCGCCAGAGGAGAAGCUCGGUUGUUCCCACGAUCACAACACUGGUGCAGAGCCUACUCAGAGGCCAGUGUCUGCCGCUGAAGUCGUGACAUGGACCCUCCCCUCCAUCUCCGCAGAGCAAGUCCCCAGAGAGGCGCCUUUACAGUUCAGGAGGGCCCCUCAGCGCUCCCACGUCAGCUUCGACGACCUGUGGAUCGAAAAGACUCAGAGAAGGAAGCUGGAGAAGCAGAUGCUGCUUAGAAGACAGAUGAGCACAGGGUUAGCGUCCGUGGACCCAGUUCAGUGCUGGAGGAAGACAACGGUCACCUCUCCAGAGUCUCCGCACCUCCCUAGAAGAAGCCACCUGCUCUCCCAGAGUGCCCCAAUGGGACUGGACCACACAGGCUGGCCAGAGCCCAUGCCCAACACUGGGAUGCCCGAUGGAACUCUGGACGCUGUGUGUGCAGAGGAAACAGGCAGUGAGGAGGACCUCUAUGAAGACCUUCACAGCUCAGGCCACCACUACAGCCACCCUAGAGGAGGUGGAGAGCAACUGGCCAUCAAUGAGCUCAUCAGUGAUGGCAGUGCGGUGUGUGCUGAAGCCCUGUGGGACCAUGUCACCAUGGAUGACCAGGAGCUGGGUUUCAAAGCUGGGGAUGUCAUCGAAGUGAUGGAUGCCACCAACAGAGAAUGGUGGUGGGGCCGAGUUGUAGAUGGAGAGGGAUGGUUCCCUGCCAGCUUUGUACGGCUGCGCGUGAACCAGGAUGAGCCCGCGGACGACUACGAGGCCCCGCGGGCCGGGGCUGGAGAGGCUGAUGACAGCGGCCCAGAGGCCCAGAGCUGCAAGGACCAGAUGCGCACAAAUGUCAUCAAUGAGAUCCUCAGCACUGAGCGGGACUACAUCAAGCACCUUCGCGACAUCUGCGAGGGCUACGUCCGCCAGUGCCGCAAGCGGGAGGAUAUGUUCAGUGAGGAGCAACUGCGCACUAUCUUUGGGAACAUCGAGGACAUCUAUCGAUGCCAAAAGGCGUUUGUGAAGGCUUUGGAGCAGAAAUUCAACACAGAGCGGCCACACCUGAGCGAGCUGGGUGCCUGCUUUCUGGAACAUCAAGCAGACUUCCAGAUCUAUUCGGAGUACUGCAACAACCACCCCAAUGCCUGUGUGGAGCUCUCCCGGCUCACCAAGCUCAGCAAGUACGUGUACUUCUUUGAGGCCUGCCGGCUGCUGCAAAGAAUGAUUGACAUCUCGCUGGAUGGCUUCCUGCUGACCCCAGUGCAGAAGAUCUGCAAGUAUCCUCUCCAGUUGGCCGAGCUGCUCAAGUACACACACCCCCAGCACAGGGACUUUAAGAAUGUCGAGGCUGCCUUGCACGCCAUGAAGAAUGUGGCCCAGCUCAUCAACGAGCGGAAACGGAGACUUGAAAACAUCGACAAGAUUGCUCAGUGGCAGAGUUCCAUCGAGGACUGGGAGGGGGAAGAUCUCCUGGUCAGGAGCUCGGAACUCAUCCACUCGGGGGAACUAACCCGUGUUACACAGCCUCAAGCCAGGAGUCAGCAGAGAAUGUUCUUUCUCUUUGACCGCCAGCUCAUCUACUGUAAAAAGGAUCUGCUCCGCCGGGACGUGCUGUACUACAAGGGCCGGCUGGACAUGGAUGACCUGGAGGUGGUAGAUGUGGAAGAUGGGAAGGACCGAGACCUCCAUGUGAGCGUCAAGAAUGCCUUCCGUCUGUACUGUGGCACCACGGGAGACAGCCACUUACUGUGUGCCAGGAAACCGGAACAGAAGCAGCGCUGGCUGAAGGCCUUUGCCAGAGAGAGGGAGCAGGUGCGGCUGGACCAGGAGACAGGCUUCUCCAUCACUGAGCUGCAGAGGAAGCAGGCCAUGCUGAAUGCCAGCAAGCAGCAAGCCACAGGGAAGCCUAAAGCUGUCGGCAGGCCAGGAUACCUGACCCGCCACAAGCAUCCAUCAUUGCCUGCCAGCCGGCCCCAGCAGCAGGUGUUGGUGCUAGCAGAGCCCAGGCGGAAGCCAUCUAACUUCUGGCACAGCAUCAGCCGACUGGCGCCCUUCCGCAAGUGAGCCAGUGCCCGUCAGACAACCUGACAGCACUUUGUGGACCUGCCCUUUCCUCUCUGAGGCCUACACCAUCAGGCCCUCUGCCUGUUUUACAAACUGGAAGUGAACAGGCACAGCGGCAAGCUGCUAUGAAGUCUGGGCCCUGCCUCCGGCCCCUUCCCCACGGCUAGUGUGCGGGUACCAGCCUCUGCCUACACUCUGGGCCUGUGCAGAGCCUCCGUCCAUGGUAAGCCUGCACGAUGCAGCUCAGAGCCUGUGGCCGGGCUGUGCACAUGGCUCGUCUGCUCUGGACAGUCUUUGGGAAUCUCAUCUCCACUCCUGUUUCCUCUGGGUAGGAGACCAAAACCUGUGCCCAUGAGCCACCUGCCAAAGCAGGUGUGUGCCCCUCUGCUCCUUAUUCUUCUGUUCAGGCCCCCAGCGCACUUGCAGCUUGAGAGGUCAGGAGCCAGGAAUUCUGCACUCCUAUCUCCACCCAUAGAUGUCCUGCCUCCUGGUCCCUCUAGACACUGCUGGCUGCCCGACAUCCUCUUUACUUGUGACGUGUGUUGAGAACAAAACCGUACAGUCACCUGUGUACCUGGUUCCGGGCUAGUGACAGUUCCCCGUAGCUGGGUGGCUGUGUGCGCACACACACCCACUCCCUGUUCGUUAUGACCCUGGCCGUGUUGUUUCUCUAAUACUGGAGAACUGUCGAUGACACAGAAAGAUUGCCUUACCCUAGUAAGUGUGAGAAGCCAUAAGGACUGAACUCUGUGGCCCAGAGUGGACGGCCUCCCUGUGGGGCACAUGGCCGGGCCUGCGUGGUGCAGAGCCCACAGGACUUGGAAGCAUGGAGUCACUCUUGCGCUGCAUCUUCUCUAAUCCAAAAGCCACAUUUAAUUUCAUAAAGAAACGAAUGAAAAGUGA